AUGGAAAUGAGAUGUAUGACCAAGCAGUGUGUGGUGUUGUUUUUUGUGUUGUGUUUGGCAAUGCUUGAUGAGAAUAAGGCUGCGGAGCUUGCAAAAUGGCAGAUCCACGUUGUGAAUGGACUAAGCAAUGGCCAAAUCCUAUUUGUUCAUUGUAAAUCCAAAGACAAUGAUUUAGGAGAACACAAACUUAGUGUUGGAAAUGAAUUCAAUUGGAGAUUUAGAGUAAACUUUUGGAAUACGACGUUGUUCUGGUGUUACUUGCAGAAGCCAAAUGCACAACAUUCAUCAUUCCAAGCUUUUUGGAUUGAGAGCACAUCAGUUUGGCUCUAUAAUAUGUGUUACGAUUCUAACUGCAUUUGGAUUGCUAAAGAUGAUGGAGUUUAUUUGAAGGACAACACUAAUCAUGAAGAUGUUUUGAUUCAUAAGUGGGAAUAA